AUGCCGUACUUGAAACCAAACGUGCCGUACGAGGAUAACCGGACAAAAGAGGAGGUUUUGGAGUACGCGUUUUCCGCGCUGAAACGAAACCACGACGCUUUUUCUUCUUCUUCUUCUUUACGAGGGAAAUCAUCAUCGUCUUUGUCUUUUGUGGAAGAAGAACGAGAACGGUUGACCGACACCGGGAACAACUGCGCAUCAUCAUCGAGUAGGAAUACGAACAACGCGACGACGCUAAAUCAUCAUCAUCAUCAUAAUAAUAAUAAUAAUAAUAGUAAUAAUAAUAAUAAUAAUAAAGCGAACGUGGUGACUUUGAGGACGAAUGAUGAUGAGUAUUAUUAUACGAAUGGCGGUGACAAGCAGCAGCAGCAGUUUAGGCAAAAUGAUGACUCCCAAGAAGAAGGUUCGAGGUAUUGGCGAAUAUUUGCCACGUCUGACGUGCACGCGGACAUGCAAGCGAAUAAAGAUUGGGUCGUUCGAUUUUGUCAAAAUUGCUCGCACCCGGAACCGGGGACUGUUUUACUCGUCGCCGGCGACGUGGCGACGGACGUGCAAAAAGUCAUCGACGCUUUGAAACUGUUUAAGAUGCGAUAUCAGGAGGUUUUCUAUUGCGUGGGGAACCACGAGUUAUGGUCGCCGGGGAGAGGGGAGAUGGGAGAUUCGGUGGAUAAGUUUGUGGUCAUCAUGGACGCGGUGACGAGCAUCGGCGUUCGGUGCACGCCGACGGUGUUUACGCACCAGGGGGUGAACGAGUUAGGCAUGCGACAAACGAAACGGAUAUUGGUGGUACCGAUGUUGAGUUGGUACACGGAGACGUUUAAAGGUGGAACUAGGCCGUUUACGCAGAUGGAGGUGCACUUUGACGGGGCGUGCAUUUGGCCACCGGCUAUCGGAGAUCCGAAGGAUAAAAGAAAUUCGCACCCGGCGACGUUGGACGAGUUUUGGAGACGGUUAGGGAAAAUGAGUUUAGAAAGUUUCUUACCGAAGUCGUUGAGAGUAUCGAAUACUACUCGUAACAACAACGAGGACGACGUAAAUGCCGUCGAUUGCGGUAACGAGGUUGCGUUUUUAGCGACGUUUGGCCAUUUUGUUCCUCUCCCCGAUUUAUUCAACGGCACGCCCUUCAUCGAAAAAGUCGUCGGCAGCGAAAGUUUAGGCGAGGACAUCCUCGCGUUAAGAGACGAGUGCGAUUGUAAAUCCACCCCCGGGAGCGGUCGAAGCAGCCCAGCAGCUCGGUUUAAAAAAGGCAGAUUCGAUUACAACAGCACGAUCAAGCACAUCCACGUGUUUGGUCACUCGCAUUUGAACGUGGACGUGGAACUCGACGGGAGUCGGUGGUAUCAGAGAGCGGUCGGGUACCCGACCGAUCGAGGACCGAUGCCGCCGGAAAUGCCUAGACAGAUUUACCCCGCGUAA